AUGCCAUCAAUAACUGAUCUUGCUAAUUUACUUGUACUUUUGUCAUUAUCAGUUGAUUCUUAUCAAUCAUCAUGUCAAGUUAUUUCUCAACAUAUUAUUCGACAAACUAAAAUAACGACAACAACAGCUAGUACAGCAUCGACUAUUACGAACCUUUCAAGAGCAGUUCUUAUACCUGCUCGUAUUCAAAUUUAUCGACAUUUUAUCAAUGAAAACCGAACAUAUGAAAAACGAAAACGAGGUACAAUGAUUAAUUUUCCUUCUUGGUUUUUAUUACUUUAUCAAACAUGUCUUUCACUACUUAAUGCUUAUUGCAAUAGUCCUUCAACGAUUCCAGCAUAUGAUAAUCUUUCGAAUAUUUUUGAUAGUUAUUGUUGUUCAAUUUGUGAAGAAUUAUUUGUUUUUCUUUAA